AGUAGGGGCCCAGGAGCCGAGAAGGAGGCCACGCGAUCUCCAUCGCAUUUGUUCGUUUCCUGAGUGGGAAGUCGCUUUCUCUGAGCGACGACGUCACUCGUUCCUGAAGUUCUCGGAACCGUCGCGGCGAGUUUUUGACGGUCAUGCGGAUACGUGUCCUGCUUGUGACUCUGUGUUUUGGCCGUUGCGCUGCCAACUGGGAACAAUGGUGGACGUACGACGGCAUAUCAGGCCCCGAUUUCUGGGGCCUUCUGAAUCCCGAUUGGCACCUCUGCAGCCGAGGCCGCGCUCAAUCCCCCAUCGACCUCGAUCCACAGCAGCUUCUGUUUGAUCCCAAGUUGAGACCGUUCAUCAUGAAUCCGGUGAAGGUCAGCGGCACAUUGCUCAAUACGGGGCACGACAUCGUAUUGAAGCUCAACGACACUCUCAGCCCGAAAAUCAACAUCACGGGAGGACCGCUAGCAUAUCAGUAUACCCUGAGUGAAGUCCACAUACACUACGGCAAUCACGACGAGUUGGGUUCGGAGCACACGAUCGCUGGCAAGCGAUUCCCCGCCGAGAUCCAGUUCCUGGGCUAUAACGCCGAGCUUCAUUCAAAUCUCAGCGAGGCCAUAGAGCUGAGAGAGAGCAGCGGACUCGUCGCAAUAUCGGUGCUUUUACAACUCGGUAACACGUCUCAUUCUGAAUUCCGGCAUAUUACCUCUCAACUCCACAAAAUCACCUAUAGAGAUCAAGAGACGCCACUCGAGGAUUUCGAAAUCGAGCGACUCCUGCCCUCGACCGAGGAGUACAUGACAUACUCGGGAUCCUUAUCGCAACCCGGCUGCGUGGAGAGCGUGCGCUGGAUCGUCAUGAACAAGGCGUUGCAGGUGUCGAAACAGCAGCUGUAUCUGCUCCGGAAACUCAUGCAGGGUGACCAAGACAAUCCGAAAGCGCCGUUGUGGAAUAACGUGCGGCCGCUGCAAGCUCUCAACAACCGGGUGGUCUACACGAAUAUCGAUUUCAAGCGGAGCAAGGAUUCUCGGUGUCCGACGAUGCAGAAAAAUAUGUAUUAUACUGCCAAUCCCCGGAACUUCCAGGACGACCUCACGAUGUACUAG